ACUAUUGUGGUACAUCAAAACAGUACAUCUACACCCUCCAAAUUAACAGAGACAUAGAAAGAAGGAAGAAAAGAGAGAGACAGAAGCACAAUGGAAAGUGAUAACACAAACGAUCUGUACAAAGAAUGCCUAAGAAACCAUGCAGCCAGUCUUGGUAGCUAUGCCACAGAUGGGUGUGGUGAGUUCACCCUAGAUGAUACCUCAUCACCAUACUCCCUCCAAUGUGCAGCCUGUGGUUGCCACCGCAACUUCCACCGCAAAGUAACAUACAGCAACAGCAGCAACAGAAGGGAUCACAUAAUGCACCCACCAUCAUCAGAGACAGUGGUGAUGGAAAUGAUAGACUACGCAGAAGGGAAUAACGAGAGGGAUUUCAGGCCACCAGUGAUGGUGGUGGAGUCAGGUGAAAGGAGUGGAAAAAAGAGGUAUAGGACUAAGUUUACACCUGAACAGAAGGAGAAAAUGUUGGGAUUUGCAGAGAAGUUGGGGUGGAAGUUGCAAAGGAAAGAUGAAGAAGAUGAAGUUGAGAGCUUCUGUAGAGGAAUUGGGAUAAGUAGACAGGUUUUUAAAGUUUGGAUGCAUAAUCAUAAGAAUUCUUCUUCUUCUACUUCUGCUUCUACUGGCAAUGCAUCUUCUCUUACUACUCAAGAAGAAGGAGGGUGAGAGGAGAGGAAUAUUUUUUUCCAUGUAUAUUUUUUCCACUUUAUCUUUGGUUAAUUUUAUUUUAUUUUAUUUUCUUAUCUUUUAUUCAUGCUUGGUUGUCAUUUAUCCUUGCUUUUCCUUUAGAUGACAGGCUUUCUUUAUUAUUA